AUGGCGCCGCCGCGGGGCGGCUACGAUGAGCAAGAUCGCCGGACGGCGAAGGGCACCGAGGUAUUCGUCGGCGGGCUGCCGCGGUCGGCCACGGAAAGCACGCUCCGGGAGAUAUUUUCUUCAUGCGGAGAGAUUAUUGACGUGCGUAUAAUGAAAGAUCAGAAUGGCCAUUCAAAGGGAUAUGGUUUUGUUAGGUUUUCAAAGAGGGAGUAUGCUAAUACGGCCAAAAGGCAAAAGAAUGGUAUUGAGCUUCAAGGAAAGAGGCUUGAUGUUGAUCUGUCAAUGGAUCAAGAUACGGUUUUCUUUGGAAAUCUUUGCAAAGAGUGGACUUUAGAAGAAUUUGAAGAAUUGAUUCGCAAGACAUUCGAAGAUGUUGUUUCGGUUGACCUUGCAAUGGCUUCAAAUCGUGGUUCUUCAAACAAGUGGAAUAUUAAUCGAGGCUUUGCAUUCGUGAGAUUUUCUUCUCAUGCAGCUGCAGCACGUGUAAUCCGUAUCGGUUCAAGAACAGAUUUUAUGCUUGGCGAUAUUUUGCAUCCUGCAAUAAAUUGGGCUGAUAAAGAGUCUCAUGUGGAUCCUGAUGAAAUGGCCAAGAUUAAGUCUGCUUUUGUUGGGAAGCUGCCAGAAGAUGUUAAUGAGGAGUACUUGAGAAAGCUUUUUGAACAGUUCGGUGAGGUAGUACGGGUUGCUAUCUCAAGAAGAGGACAAGGCCCAGUUGGUUUUGUUCACUUCGCCAAUCGUUCAGAGCUUGAAAAUGCUAUAGAAGAAAUGGAUGGUAAAAUGGUGUCAGUUGCUCGACCUGUGGCAGACAAUGACAAGAAGCGAUCUCGUGAAGAAGUGAGAACUAGAAGAUCAAAUGUAUCAGGAGAUAGGCAAGAUUAUUCUCAUGGAAGAUAUGGACAUGAUUCACUUGAUCGUCAAGUGAAAGCUCCAAGAUUAUCUAAUUAUGCGGCUGAUGCCUCUGACCCCUAUGAAUCAGCUGUUAAUUCAUUACCUUCAGCUGUCAAGGAAGUCUUGCUUCGAAUUCUACGUCUAGGAAUUGGUACUCGAUAUGAUAUUGACAUCCAUUGUGUAAAAAGUCUCAAUGAGCUUCCUGAGUCAUCUGCUCUUGCUGUCCUUAAUCAGUUUUUGAUAGCGGGUGGAGAUAAACGCAAUAAAGGAGAUUAUUUUGUAUCAUUGAUUGCUAAGCACCAGGCUGAGGCCUUUGGCUUAACACAUACAUUGCACGGUACUACUUAUUUGCCAAGAAAUCCAGAAAUACAUAGCAAGCGAUACCCAGAUGAAGAUUAUGAUUUUGUGACACCCGGGAGCAGUAGAUACAAUUCCUCAGGCCAUCAUCCUUCAACAUAUUACGUAGACGAUCCACCAGUGUCUCAGUCAAGGAUUAGAAGAUAUGCUGAAGAAAGAUCCACCAUUGUAAGAAACCCAGAACCACGUCUGCGACAUGACGAAAUUGACAUCAGAAUGAACCCAGAACCAAGAUUAGCGUUUGAAUCAAGACACAACACUGGAAAGCAUCUUGAUCGAAGAUACAUACAAGAGCAUAGUUCAAAUAUUGAAAGAUCAGCUGAAGAAGCUGUUCUUUCUAGGGAAAGGAGAUUCCUGCCUGCUGCAGGGUACAACACGGACUUAGGCUCAGAUUUCCGCUCCAGGUCACCCGCUGAAUAUUCGGCAGAACGCCAACAAGCAAGGUUUGAUCCCUUCACAGGUGAACCUUAUAAGUUUGAUCCCUUCACAGGGGAGCCCAUCAGGCCAGAUCCAAACCAGCGCCGCUCAGGAAGCUUGUACUGA